AUGUUGUUGGUUGUGCCUGAAUUGUUGAUGGGAAAUCGUGUGCUGCGAAAAUUCGAUGGGACUGGUGAUAAGGCGUUGCGAAUUCAGUUCAGGGACGAUAACGGUGAGGCACUGAAACUCAACCAAGUGGGCCAGACCAUCAUUAAUGUGACCGUUCAUAACACCAUGAGAAGAGGCAUCUAUAUCUCCGAUCGACAUUUCAUCUAUUUGGCGUCAUCAAACUCGCAAAUGCGCGAUAGCGGAUGUUACUUUUUUGAUGAAGGCGAAGAUGGAAAACAAGUGGAGGAAAUUCGUAACCAGCUAGGUAUUUUUAACAAAUCGAACAUACCGAAACUGAUGGCACGAAUCGGACAAUGCUUCACACAAGCGAAGUUGCGCCAUAAGCAUUACAAUCAAACGUUCGAUGUAAUCGGUGGUCGUGAUACGAGCGGUGAGCCGUACACGUUUUCGGAUGGUUGUGGACGAAUAUCGGUGAAGUAUGCAGAGGAUAUCGCCUCGGAUUUGGACCUCGGCAACUGUGUACCGAGUUGUUUUCAGAUUCGAUUCCGUGGCAUCAAAGGUGUUGUAUCGGUGGAUCCUUGGCUAUCCGACCGAACUGAGUGGUCUGAAAAAUACUCGGUUCCGGAUAAUAGGGAGAAAUAUAAAAGGAAGAAUAAACUGCGCGUUCACUUCAGACCAUCUCAGAAUAAAUUUCAUGGAUCAGUAGAGAUGUACAUCGAAAUAGUCAAGUAUUCAAGCCCAACCGGAGUAUGCUUGAAUCGACCGUUCAUCGCCAUUCUUGAUCAGGUGAGUGCUAUGCAAGGUUAUAAAUUACACUGUCGAAUGACCGAUCGCAUUUGUGAGUUGUUGGAUAGGCAGUUAAUGGAAUUGGCCGAGGCACUGAUGCUCGAGAAUAGGUAUGUUAACAUUGUUCUUAUGAAACUGUUAUUGUUCUCGUGA